GCAGAAGUUGUGGCUUUCAACAAGUUGAAGAUUUCUUGGAUGAUCCGAGAGUUGCUGUAUUGAAUGUAACUUAAUUCAUGCAGAUCUUGGAAUUUGAAGCCGCUAGGAUGGGUUGCACAAUCACUUUUAACUUCACGUAAAAUAGAGAUCGUUAGCUAGCUUGCCAGCUGAUUGUGGCUCUGGUUAGAAAGCUAGCUAGCACUCAGUGCAAUGGAAGAUGUCAUUUUAGUCAGCUCAGGGAGUGAGGAUGAGUCCGAUGUCGAGUUUUUGGGCGUUUACGAGGACAGGAAAGAGGAAUCCAAGGCAUUUGUCAGAGAAUGGCCAAGCUUCCCUCAGGCUUUGAUUGACCUCACAGACUGUGGGUGUGCUCCAUCACAGAGGCGGUGCCAAAGAAAAGGGACUGGAUCCCCGGUGGUGGUUGUGGACUUGAGUGACAGCAGCCUUCCUGAUGGCUUAGACACAGACCCGCUGAGCCCAGCACCGGGGCUUGCAGGUGAACAAGAGGUAAAGCAAACUACCCUGGAGGCUCCAAACGCUUUGAUUCUGGAAUUCUGCCAGCGUUCUCCUGGUCACUCUACGUCACAAUCCUGUGGAAGGUCCUUGGAAUCCUCUGGUGAUAUUUCAGAAUCCUAUAAACGUUCUCUCAGCCUUAUUUCAGGAGAACCACUGGAAACGCAGAACACUCAGGACUGUCCGAGCAACGUCACUUUGAAGUUAUCCUGGAAAUCUUCCUGUGCCUCUGUGCCUGAAAUUCUUGGCAAACAGAAAAGGAAUACAGAAUCUCCAUGUGCAUUCAUUCUAAAAGUCGCCCGGAGUCCUCCUAGACUAGACAUCAAUGAACAGAUCCCAGAAACUGCAAGAGACUCAUUUAAUGCUUCCAACAUUCCAAAGGAACCGUCAGCUUCGAGUAUAUCUCAUGUAGCAACAUCAAAGCGAGGAAAUGAUGCCGAGAAUUCACUACAAGACACAGAUUCAAAGCUGAGACCUUUUCCCACAGAAAUACAGCAGCCCAAGUCAGAGAAAGAGGAAAACCUGGAGCCCAACUCCGUGGGAGAUGAUUUCCCAGACUACCCUUUCAACACCUCUCCCAUUAGUGACUACAGUCCAUAUUACUGCCCUAGUGAGAUAGACCCAGUGCUGUUCUCCGACUCCAACUCCAGCAUGCACGAGUCCCAGCAGGACAACAUAUCCACUUAUAGCCUGUCACCAGCCCCUUCCAGCCCCUCUCAGGACCUAAUCCAGAAUCCACUCCAGGAGAAGCUGCACUACACAUCCUCAGCACCCCGUGGGCCACCCAAAACGGAGGCGUGGAGCGGAGGUGAUGUGGAUCAUGUGCUCCAGCUGUCGUCCGGAGUCUGUCCUCGCUCUCCAGAGCCCAGUCAGCAGCUGUCGCAGCCGUCCCCCUCCAACGGAUCCCGUGGGGGGUCCGUGUCCCCCACCUCCACCGAAAUCCUGGCGGGCGACUCGCCUGAUUGGCUUGUGGACGAUGCAGAGCUGCCCUUAGAAAGCCCACCCAGCCCCCCUAGUCUUCCCAGCAGUCCCUUUCCUCCCAGAUCCAGGGAGAUGGGGGGUGACACAUGUGAGGCAGGCCCAGGGGCAGAGAGUCCCACCCCCAGCACAGGGCCUGAGGACAGUGAGGAAGAGGAGGAGCUCUCGGGCUGUGAGGCAGCGCUGAGCUCCAGAGAUGUCAGUCGACGGGACAGACGCUACGUGUCUAAAACUCAGUACAAGAAACUAAGGCAGCUGAUGGGCAGACCACUGCCAAACAUGGCCGGUGAUGAUGGUGAUGAUGAUGACGACAGUGAAGAGGAGGAAGAGGUGGGGCCCGCACAGCCACUCGGCCGCCAAAGCCUGAGCCUAGUCAACAGCACCAUGGAAGAAAGAUACCCAGAAGGCACGCUACAACUGCUGUCCGACUUCCUGCACCCUCGGAUCUACCCCCCCGCCAGUGUAACGUCCCACCUGAUCAGGGACAUUCUGCUGAACCCUGAGUAUGACCUUCCCCUGGUCACGGAGGCCUUUGGCCUGCUAAUGAAGAUACAGAAACACCACCCGGCCACGCAGGCCACAGUGCAGUGGGACUGGGAGCUGCUGAUCUCCGUCAUGGACCCGCAGAGCCCGGAGAGGAGGCGUCCGAGCACCAUCGUGCGCAUGCUGCUGCAGUACGGCCUGCAGACGCUGGAGGACGACUUCCGGCUCUCUCUGCGGAGGCUGCACUGUUCCAUCGUCGCGGCAACACUCUCCUGCUCUAGACAGUUCGUGCAUGUCAGAGGUGUGAUCAGUUGGCUGGUUGCGGCUGUGAGGAACUCGACAGGUGACCCCGAGGGAGAUGCUUCUGAAGCCAGAGAGAGAGAGGAAAAUCUCAGAAUAGUGUCGAUCCUGCAGAGGAUGCUCGCUAUGGCCAUGGAGGUGGACCGCUCCCCCACCAUCAGCUGCAACAAACUGUCCCACGAGCUGCUCCAGACCCUCAGCACCAUGCAGCACCGACACCACCGGUUGCUGCUGCUGCAGACCCUGGAGAGCAGGCUGCUGCAGUGCAAGCUGCUGAAGCUGCUGCUGGAGGACAGAUGCACAGAGAGGACCACGCUGCCCAUGUCUCUGAGCCUGCUGCUGCACUUUCUCCAGAGCUCCACGCCGUCCCCUGACCCCACGGAUGACUCUGAGAGGUGGAGGAAGUGGAGUGAGCUGAUCCAGCUCCUGUGGAUGCUGCUGCUCAGCUACGAGGAGGUCACAGAAGGUCACCUGCGGCUGCCUAUCACCGAGCGCGCCGGUUGCAGCCGGGCCCCGAUACGCACAAUGUACGACCAGAUCACCAGCGAGGCAGUGCAGGAAGCUGCAGACUUCUUCCUGUUUCGGGUGUCGGCUGACCUGGGCCACGCCCUCCCCCCACAGUUACAGGACUCGUUCUCUCUCCUGCAGAACCACCUGCACGGCACUUGCCAGCACUGA